AAUAAUCAUGUUUUUCAUUUCUUUCAGUCUUGGUUUCAAACCACAAUUCAGACAACCUGCGCCAAGAAUGUACUGUGAUAUCUGUGAGGAGUUCGAUCUUCACGAAACUGAAGAUUGUCCCACCCAAGGUGAUGAUGAAAUGAUUAGUGAUGUACACGUAGUUAAAGAACCAAAAGAAAAACCUCCGCCAAGACCUUAUUGUGACACGUGUGGUGUUUUUGGGCAUAGUACAGAAGAUUGUGCAGAGCAGGAAUAUUGAGCGUUUCUUGUAAAUACAUUACCUAUUUAUUUUAGAAACAAAAUGUUAUUUAUUUUAACGUUUUUGUUAUAUAGUGAUUGUACUUUGAAGAAAAAUAUAUUUUACUAUGCA